GGGAAAUCAGAUGAUUUGAGACCAUUAUUGUCUAUACCUACCAAUUCGAAAGCAUCGAUUGUUUGAAUACUAGCCUUUGUGACAUUCACUAUAGACGGUUCUAAUUUCGAAAACGGGGAGUUGCAAUUCUCAUGUCAAUUCAUCAGCCGUGUUGGAUUAAUAUUCUUUUGACUGGAUCGUUCUGGAAUAAAUGAACCGAACAUUAAUUUCAUCUACUACAAGUGAUUAAUCAAAUGGUUUAUCUAAUGAGAUAAAACAUUCACAAUUAUUUAGAGCUCUUGUUUGAUAUAAAUUCUUAGAUAUGGAGUGUGUAGUGACGGGACUACCUGGGGUGUUAAUACUCCUUCUGAUCUACACUGCUCGACUCGCAAACUGCCAAGGAGAGCCCUCAAUUAUAAAUGGACCUGUGAACCAGACUGUAAACUUCGGGGAAACCGUGACGUUAACUUGCAUAGUCAGAGACAAAUCGGCAGAGUACAUUGUUGCUUGGUUCAAAGACAACCAAAGGAUCACCCGAAGUACCAAUGAGAGCCUUGAUUCUCGGCACCUUGAUGUGUCUCGCUUUAGCUUGUUAGGUAACUGGUUCGAAGGGGACUACUCGAUUGAAAUCACAGACAUCAUAUCUCCAGAUAAAGGACGGUAUCAGUGUAAAAUUCAACAUGUUUCUACUAGACAGUUUGUCGCAGAGUCAGAUAACGGCACUUUGAACAUCGAGUACCCACCGUCGACCGACUCGUUUAUGUGUUCGCCAUCCCAGCCCAAAGACUUGCGCGUUGGCUAUGUAAUCAUUUUCGGCUGUCGAACGGACCUUGGAAAUCCACCUGCAUCUCUGACAGCGACCUACGGCUCAAUGGCCAUUAACGAAACACCCGACGCACCUUUCAACGAGAAAAGCGUGAGUUAUAGAAAGAUUCUGGAUAGGGAAGACAACGGGAAGGUAUUCCGUUGCAUGUUGAGCCAGGAGUUACUACCUCAGGCAGAAUACUGCUCAGUGGGCCCGCUGGUUGUUGAAUAUAAACCAAUGGACAUAGUGAUAACGUCUGUAGUUCUUCCCGAAGACAAUCCAUCUGUGGCGGUUGUCAAUGUCAAUGCCAAAAGCAUUGUUUUUACAUGCGCUACCUCGGCUAACCCUGAGGCUCAGUACACCUGGACAGUGAUAGAAGCACAAGGAUGUUCCAAGGGUAUGAAUCACAUAACCCUGCAAGACCAGUUGAUUUUAACGACAGUCGACAUGGCAUAUGAUGGAGCUGUCAUCUCAUGCAUGGCCAACAAUACAAUCGGAGAAUCUUCUACUUCCAUUACAAUUGAUGUAUUGAACGAUGAUCCCGAUGCCCUUUGCUACACAACCCCUAAACCAGCAACCGAUGGAGUAGUUCUGACGCCAUCGACAGCCCCAGUUACAGAUCCGGUGACGCUGACAACCAUGCAUAUCAUCAUAAUAAUCAUCGCAACCGCUUUCCUAGUUGUCAUCAUCAUCCUCGGCUACAUCGCCUUCAAUCGACGUCGGGAAACACCAAUCCAGCUAACGAUGAUGUCUGGUCCAGACGAUACCCGCUCCAUUGCUGAAAGCAUCAUCUUCCAUUCCCGUCACAACACCCCAGACCCCGAACAUCGAGGAAAUUCCCUGGGACGGAUGCAGAGCAACUUCAGCACCAUGUCCUACGACACCCAGAGUAUUGAUUCCGCUACUGCACUUAUGCACCUACGAUCUUUGGAGUCACCCGAGUACAAGGCAAACCCAAAGCUAACUGGAUCCCCCACGCGUAAAUUGGGAGGAAAGUGCGGCAAGGAGUACGGCAAGGAAUACGGCAAAGAGUGUGGUAAAGACAUUCCCAUGGACGACAUGGACCGAUCCCCUUUCCAUCGGAUCCACGCCUCGGACAACGUGUAUGAAGGGUCGCCGAAGAGAGGCAGCCCACCAUCGCCGCCCAGCGAGAAAUCUGCUCUUACCCGACAACCAAGCGAGCAUAAGUACGAGGAGUGUCCCCCUCUAAAGAAAUACACGACCCAUGCAAGUCAGACGGAUCUGGCUUUUAUCGAAGAUAAAAUUGAAGAGGAGAGGCAAGAAAUAUCAGACACCAGUGACAGUGAUUCCGAAUUUGAUUACCACCCUAAAAAGCAAAACUUCAGUGUGAACAACUGUAAUAUAAGAUUUGCUAAACAUACCGAAGUUUGACCACACGUAUCUUAUGAUCUUUAAACUUAAACCCAACGUCGAACCACAUAGAAGUUAAUCACGAUAAUUUUAGUACCUAGAUAUGGAAAAUAAGCUGUAAUAACAUAUCCUACAUUUACCUUUGACUGUACCGGUUAGAAAUUUAAGAUUAUAAUUAAGUCUACCAUAUCAUACGUCUCUGAAAACUCUGAUUACAUUUUAAGCAAGUCAAAGAAAGCGUAUAUGCUGUAAAAAAAUAAUAGUGUGUGAUAUCUUACUUACGUUUCUCUUUCUGUAUCAUUGUGCAAUUUUAGUAUUUUAUCCAUCUUUUUCUUCGUGAUUAUCGUUUCUUAAUGAGAUGAAACGAUCAAUGAUUCAAUAAAUAAUUCACCUAAACAUACUUAUUGUUGUCAUUUACGUGUAAAACACUUACGAAAAUGCACCAUUCUCUAUGACUUUCUCAAUGCAUUCGACUACCUUAGUUU